AUGGCCAAUCAUCAGCAGCGACAAAGCGGCAAUAACAAUAACAAUUGCGUGCGUUUAAUAUUUUACUUGGUGGCAUUUUUAAUAUACCCAUCGCCAGUGAAAUUUCCAAAUACAUGCAGCGCACAUUUGAUACACAUUGAUGAUGUUGGCAAUCAUGAGUUCCAUGGAAGUGGAUUGCCUCGGACUCAUUUGCCGCCCCCUUUGCCACAACCACCACCUCCGUUACCGGUUCAGACACCCGGAAGGGAACUAACACCAGCCGAAUGUAUGGUUGAUCUUACAAAUGAUUUGGCCUUUCGAAUUCUCCACUACCAUUCAAUUCUCAACCGAAAUAAUUUUGCAUUUUCGCCCACCGCGCUGAUGAGUGUCCUUGUAGCGUUGUUUGAGGGUUCAGCGGGAAAAAGUUCGACUGAAUUGAAAAAUGUACUGCAGUUUCCAAGUAAUCGGGAUAUUAUAAGAGUUGGAUAUCGAGAUAUUCAUCGUCGAUUGAGAACAUAUUUCUUUGGUUCGGACAAUCCACUGAAAGGACUAAGCCUCAACAAGGAAAAUGUUACAAUUACCAGAGAUUUCGAAGCUAUUCUAACAUUUUAUGGUUACGAUUUGGGAAUGGAUAUGGUGUCAUCUACGCCUCCGCCCACAACAAAAACAUCAACCACAAUUGAUACAACAGAGGCAACAACAACAUCGACCACAAUUGCAACAACACAAAUUUCAACUACUACUACCACUACCGAAAUCAAGGAUACUACAACACCAACAACGGAAACCAUUACGACAAUCACAACUCCGACAACAACAUUGUCUUCUACCACAACUACAACACUUCCAACCACGACGGAGGCAGUCACCACAACACCAGACACUUCCACAGAAACCACUAAUGAAGCUGUUCCAACAACAACUACUAUAGUAGAUACCACAAGUCCCGACGAAACGACAACAGCAACUCCAGUUGCGGUGAGCACAGAUGAAGCUGCCGAGUUAAUCUCAUCUUUUGUAGCUGAAACUAAUUCGGAACCUUUGUCACGAAUUAUUCAACAAGCCCGAGUCACACGCUUGCCUAGUGCAAAACUACAAGUACCAAGUUUAAUGAAAGCACCACAAACCACUUAUUUACCAGCACAAAGGAAAUCGAAGCGUCUAUCUGCAGAAAAUCGAAGAAAGCGUCAUCUCUUCGGCUUGAAGGAUUUCGAUUCUCAUUACUUUGUUAAUUUAUUGAACAGUGAACCAUUCAUACAUUCUCUGACGCCAAUUGCGGCUCUAAACACUCCACCUCACACCUCUUAUGUUCCCUUAACCAAUGACUAUGAAGUCGAGGCUGAUCCAAACUUUAUAAAUUCCUCACCAGCAGCUCUAAAACAAAAUUACAAUACAGACGUUAUAACGCAUGUCUUCUAUCUUAGCAGCCAACAAAUUAUCUACACUACAUUUAAAGUCUACAACGCCGUAUUGUAUUAUAAAUAUUUCGAACAUAUGCGAUUGAGUGUUCUGGAAUUGGAGCUAGAUACACCGGAAUACAAUUUGAUUAUAUUAUUGCCGGAUUACAAUAGCGAUUUGGUAGCAGCGGCAGCAUCUCUUCGAUCAGGACCAAAGUUACGUCUUAUGAGGAAGCAACUGAAACCGAAAUGGGUUCAAGCAAUAAUACCAGAUUUUAAAUUGCACGGCACGAUUUUCUUAACGAAUGAUUUACAAAAUUUAGGUAUUUACGAUAUCUUUGAACCAAACAGAGCUGAUUUUCGUCCUAUGACAGAUGAAACUGGAACUUAUGUGAAGCAUAUUGAGCAAACCAUUAAUGUACAUAUUCGGACACAUCCCAUCAAUCAACUAAGACGCAAUUCCGGAGCACAAGCGCAGCCCACUCACAUAUCUGUAAAUCAUCCGUUUAUGUUUUUUGUAAUCGAUCGAGAUUUGGAUGUUGCUGUAAUGUCUGGCCGUAUUUUGAAUCCAUUGAAUGUGCGAAUCCAGUAAGGGAAGUAAUUAAAUGGCGAAGUACUAACUAUA